UAUGAGUGACGAUUCUGAAAGUUUGGAUUUCCCUAACACCCCAUUUUACACCUUUGUAAUUUAUUUUAUUUACUUCUAUUAUUUAGAAUAUAACUAUUGGAUUAACAUUAUCAUUGACCAAAUUAUGUGCAAACAAGUGUAGAUUAUUCAAACCUGAUUAAGGUACAAAAUUGUCAGAAAAUGAUGUAUAAUGUGUCAGUAAUCAAUCUAUUUUAAUAAAAAAACAGAAAAUUGUGCUGCCACCAUAAAUAAUAAUUACUCAACAUUUACAAGUUCAUUAAAAGAGGCUAUCAAUUUUGAAGAUGCAUUUGGAGUUUUCGAACCAGAAGAAUGAA